AGUAGCUUCAGUAAUCCUUGUAGCAGUAAACUUUGUAAAGUAAUACCAGUAUUCAUUAGUACUGACAUGAAAUGGCUAGCCCCAAAUUUCCACCUCAUUCUGAGACUUCAAAAAGAGGCAGAGGCCUUCAUCCCUGCCCUGGAAAAAAACAAAACACUUUACUGCAAUAGCCAGUUUAAAAGCUACCACAUUUUACGUGACCAAAGUACUUGAAGCAUCUGGAGUGAGGACGAGUUGGAAUUAUCCAGCACGGCCAUCCUUCAUCAGAUCCGGAGGGAUCAAGUCACGGAUACAUGCCGAGCCAACAGCAUGUCUAGCAGGAAACGCCGUGUGCUGACACCCAACGACCUCAAGCAUUUGGUGGUUGACGAGGAUCAUGAGUUGAUCUACUGCUACGUCCCCAAAGUGGCCUGCACCAAUUGGAAGAGAGUCAUGAUGGUUUUGAACGGGAGGGGCAAAUACAGCGACCCGAUGGAGAUACCAGCUAACGAAGCCCAUGUCUCGUCAAACUUGAAGACACUCAACCAAUACAGCAUCCCAGAGAUCAACCACCGCUUGAAAAACUACAUGAAGUUCCUGUUUGUCCGCGAGCCUUUCGAGAGACUGGUGUCAGCCUACAGAAACAAAUUCACCCAGAAGUACAACACCUCCUUUCAUAAGAGAUAUGGAACCAAAAUUGUCAAGCGCCAAAGGAAAAAUGCGACCCAGGAAGCCCUACAUAAAGGCGAUGAUGUGAAAUUUGAGGAGUUUGUGGCUUAUCUCAUAGACCCUCACACCCAAAGAGAAGAGCCGUUCAAUGAACACUGGCAGACUGUAUACUCUCUGUGCCAUCCCUGCCACAUCCAUUAUGAUCUCAUAGGGAAAUACGAGACACUCGAAGAGGAUUCCAACUACAUUCUUCAACUUGCAGGAGUAGGAAACUAUCUCAAGUUCCCCACCUAUGCAAAGUCUACAAGAACUACUGACGAAAUGACUACAGAGUUCUUCCAGAACAUCAGUUCAGAGCACCAAACACAGCUGUAUGAAGUCUACAAACUUGAUUUUUUAAUGUUCAAUUACUCAAUGCCAAGCUACCUGAAAUUGGAAUGAGGUGGAGAGCCAGAGAAAAGGGAGAAAAAGAGGGGGAAAGAAUAUGAAACCUGUUUUAUUUAAGAUUUUUAUUUGUCACAAUUACAUAUGAAGAAUGGGUUAUUUUGUAAGUUAAUAUUUUCUUCUUUUUUUGAAUGAUGCUGCGAGCAGCAUAGUUGGAAAUCUAUUAUUUAAAUUGUCGGUAAGAAGGGACAGCUCUGUUUGCAGGGUAAGAAAACUGCGGCGGCUGUAGCUCUAGAUGUGACUAGUAACUGCGACACUGUUUGGUGCGGGGCGCGUGGGGGGGUAUUAUUUGUGUCCUGAUGAAUUCUUUUCCUUUUGCAUUCUUCAUAAAUCUCAGCCUUUUAUGUUAUUUAUGCUUAUUUAAGAACACAAUAGAUUCCUUGUUAGGAGCCAAGAUGCAACACUGUGUGGACAAAGAAAAUGUUUCCUGUGCAUUCCUUGCAGGAGUUUGUCUCUCUGUCCCUAAUGUCAUUACUGAAUGUUCCACUAGUGAAGAAUGUGUGCAAAUAAUUGGAAACAUUGGAACAGGAAUGGGUUUAAGGGGCUCAGGGGGACCCUCCCUUGAAAUAUAUAUGUCAAAACCUUGUGGUUCUCUGAUCUGUAAGACACACUUUUCUGCCAAUGAUCACACACAGAUGAAGGCCCAACGUUUGUCCACAGGGACGCAAGGUCGGUGAGGCUUUCACCUUCGAGAAUGUAUUAAAACAUCACACAUGUGCACUUCCAAAAUGAAGGGGAAGGGGAAGGAGGAAAAAUAGACUGCCUUACUCAGUCUCUCCACCCUUAAAAGGGCCAGUCCAAUAUUAAGCCAGACACUUCAACCACCUCCCAACCUCCCAUUAAAGAAAACUGCAAUGAAAUGAGCGAUGUACACAAUGAGUCUGAUGGGAAAACCAAGUCCUUCGGAGAUGGUAUGACAGCUGAUUGGCAACCACAACGUCUAAUUUGACCCCCACAGUGCUCAGAUUUUGUUCUUUCUGCAGGUACCCCCUUGCAUGUACAAUACUCCUUGUGACACCAUUGUCCUUUCUCAUCUCCCUGUAUCUUGGGCCCAGUGUCCUCCCUGGGUUCCUGCAAAGUUGGCUCAACCCAGCCUUCAGAGAAGGCACCAGCAAAAUGAUUGGGAAGGAGUGUGAAUAUGCUGCAUACACCCUACCCCUAAUGCCACGUUCCACCCAUGACAUGUGCUCCAAAACAAAGAACAUCCUGCAACUGAAGACAUGAUUGUUGGUUUCCCAGAAGGCAGAGGCAAGGAUAGAUGUUGGGUGACUCCCAUCAGCCCCUGCCAGAAUGGCCAGUGGUCAGAGGUAAUGGGAGUUGCAGUAGAACAACAUCUAGAGGACUGCAGGUUUCUUAUUCCUACUGUAUCCUAAUGAGUGAACCAGCACCACGUUCUGAACUAUUGCAACAUUUUUAGGUUCCCAUUGCAAAUAUGAAAUGACAGCAGGGACUCUCCUUUAGGGUGGAUCCCUGUGCUCUAGAAUACCUGCACAAAACCGAAUACCCUACAAAGGAGCAAUUUUAUCAGAAUAUCAUAUAUGAUGCCGUGUGUGAUAGCAUCGGCCUUGAAAGGGACAGCUAGAGUUGCUUAAAUAUAUAUGUGUAUACAUGCAUAAUAUUUAGUCUGUGACUGAAAGAAAUGUGAAUGUAUCUUGUACAGAGCAAAAUUUUCAAAUCUCUACUUUGCCAGACAUGAUGUUAAUAUCAUUUUUUACUUCAUACUUGGCAUUCCCUUGUUUGACAUCAAGAUGGAUAAGAGGUGAUUCAUCUGCAUUGCCAUGAUAAAUACUAUCGGUAAUAAUAUUAUUUAAGGCUGCAGUGGCUAGUCAGCUGAAUGGUUAGAUGGACCAAACAAUUUUAAAUUGGUUAAUUAAAAAUAUGUCCCCAGUUAAUUGGGCUGCAGCUUUUAAAAACAAUGUAGAUUUUUAUAAAAGUACUUAGACAGACCGUAGGUAGCAAGCACUGUCUUAGAAGAAGCAUUUCUACAAUCUCAUAUAGAAGCCUUCUAAGGUCGAGCCUGUGUGGUGGGUGCUUGUUAUCACCUAAAGCAAUUAAAGAAUGUGUUUUUUCCUUGAGAACAAUUUGAGAAUUUUUCUUGAGAACAGAUUGGGGGAAAAAAUUAAUUAAUGUGUUUUUUCAGAUCCCGUGAUUUAUGAAGAUUAACUUAAUUGGCUGACAGUCCUAAUAUUACUGUAACAUGUAGCCCAACAUGUUGAAAAUGAUUAGUGGAUUUUGAGUUUCCAGCUUGUUUUCCGGAAAAAAAUAAAGAGUAGAAUCAUAAAAUCAUAGAAUUGUAGAGUUGGACACCGAGGGUCAUUUAGUCAAAGCCCUAAAUAGCCCUAGUUAAAGAACAGCGUUUCAAGUGCUCAGUUCUCUUCACAUCUGUUAUCUCAGUCAGUGCCGUGUGGUGAAAUUUUUCCUAGGGGAAGAGUUAGGGCCAGAGGCACCAGCUUGCAAGGGCCAUUGGGGAGGGCAGUCGACACAUACACAAACAUCAUGCUCCCCCUCCCCAGGCCAGUAAAAGGGUUCCUGGGCUUUGGGAAGGUCUAAUGUGCCAGGAACAUUGAGGGGACUAGCUUAGUCCCCUGACCGCACACCACUGAUCUCAGUAAUUGUACAGCACUGUAAGAGAGGCUGUUACUUCAAGAGCCAACUUGUGGCACAUUUGGUAAGCAGAGCCUGAUCCAAAGACCUAUUUUGUAGUGGCUGAGAGGUGUAGCACAUGCUGGCACUUCAACUUAGCACCACGUCACCGAGGAGGAUACCAGAUAUCACAUGAUUUGAGCGGGGCAGCCCAUCAUAUGCCGAGUCUGGAUGAAAGGGAUGAGGGGCCUAAAGGCGAAGGAAAUCAUAAUUGGGAAAUUCUAAUGCCCUCAAGCAAAUGAUCUAAAAUUCAAGAAACGUGUGCAAUUCAAGUAUCACUGGAGAAAGACACUGUUCUGGUGAUACUACUGUCACAGGGAAUGUUUCCAAAGGCGUGAUAUGAAACUGCAGCUACAGAAGUCACAGGAGGCGGCUCCAUUUCAUUCGGUGAAGCUGGUUCACAGGUGCUGACUGGCACCUUGACUGAGUCGCAGCAAAGAAGCUUGAGAAGAGAGCUGGAGAGUCUCUUUCAGUGCUGCACCCUGUCUCUGUCAGCUGACUUUGGCCUACUUCAGAUUUUGCCACCCUCUGUUCCUCAGCGUAUUGCUUGACAGUGUCUGUGAGAGGACUGAUACCAGUAAACCCUUGCAAACUCAGGUUGUGUAUAAACUAUUCAGUUAAAGCACAUUCGACACACAUUCUUUCCCUCAAAUAACUCUGGGCACUGCAGUUUACCCCUCGCAGAGUUACAAUUCCCAGCAUCCCUUAAUGAACUACGGUGCCCAGAAUGCUUUGCGGGAGAGAACGUGCUUUACAUGCAUAGUAUGUGCAGAGGCACAAUCAGCAGAAUGGGGCAGCAGCGUCCUGGUGUUAAGGGUAGAUUGUGCCAUGCCUGUGCCAGGCUGCAGGGAGUUGGGGAUUUGGGAGUGCUCCCUUAUGUAAGCAGACAAACAAACUCACUCCUCUUUUCUGAAUUAUGCAGAAAACUUUACACAGCCAGAUCAGAGAUUCACCAGUCCUUUUCCUGAUUUUUAUAGUUGCAGGCAGUAGGAAUGGACAAAUCCAUCAAUUUCCAUUUCCCAUUUUUCCUAUCUUCCAUUUGGUUCAUCCUAUUUUGACAUAUGUUUGUGAAUUGUUGAAUGAAAAAGCCUGCAUGAAAAUUCACAAAGUGUUCAAGUGCAUUCUUCCUGAUAUAUACAUUUUUUUUGAAUGCAGUUUUACUAGUAUGUGCAUUUUUUUUGGUAAGUGGUUUCCAUCAGAUGGAACACAUUUUUGUAUGUUAUUUUCACUCAUAUGCAUAUUUUUGCAUGGACUUUCCAUAAGUUUUAGAGUCUUUUUCAUAUGCAUUCUUUUGGAUGGAGAAUUGCCUCAAAAUUGGAGAAGUAUGAAUUUCAAAGGAGAACUUAGGUUUGCUUUAUGUGUCAUUUUGGAUGGUGCAGAUUUGGGAGGUUUGCAUUAAAGUGUGAACCAAAUGAAUUUCUCCCCUUGCUCCUUGCAGGCAGUUAAAAACAAACCUAUAUAAACAGAAAUUCAAAAAUGAACUGGAGUGGAACACUCUCUUAUCCAGUAGAAAUUGUUCUGUGUGAGAUGGCAAAUUGUUAUUUUUUUAAAAAAAUUAAUUUUCAGACUUUGAAAUUUACAAGCAAUUGUUAAACAACCAAAACAAAAAGAGAAUUCCAUAAAUUCCCAUGGACUUCCCUCCUUCCCUUUGUGGGUCCUUACAUUAACUUUUUUCUUCCUGCAUCCUCUCUAUUAAUCCAGUUCCAUUACAACCAUAGUCCAAUGUUAAACUACAAGUGUCUUUCCAGUCCUACUAAUAAUUUUAAUUGUUUACAAUGAUUUUUAAAGUAAAUUAUAUAUUUUCACCAUUCCUUACUGAAACUCUCAUCAAUUCAGUGAGAUGGCAGGUUGUGAUACGAUGAGUAGCAUAUUGCCUGGAAAUUGUUUUAAACAGGCAAUUAUAGUUUAUUCAUUACAAAUUAGCAGGGAGUAAGGCAUGUAUUCUGCCAGUGAACAGCACUGCAAAGUUUGCUUAUGGUUAGUUUCUUUUUACUUAUGGGAUGCCCAACUGAGUCGGCAACAAGUGAACUAUUUAUGAUGCAGUGCACUGUUUUUUAUCUGUGGCGCUGUUUUGACAGAGAUCAGGAAAAUACACUAUGGGAAGAAUAAAUUGAAUUCUUUUCUUUACAGUUCUCAUCUGUCUUGUUUGCCGUGAGCGGAAAAGAGAAUAGGAUUCCAUUUUUGAGCAAGGAGGUGAUGAUCAAACGCUUUUCGCUUGUCAGUAUUGCACUCUAGACUGUCACUACAGGGGGAGAAAAAAUUAGAUGGUUCAAAUAAAAGGUUGGCUUUUGUUGUUCUCUAAACAAAGCUCUGUUAUUUUGGGAUUGGCAAAGUGUCCCCUUCAAAACAGACUUGUUUAUAACUGUAACUUGCCUGAACCAGAUCUUCCCAGAUCUUAAAGGUUAGGGAGGAAUUGACCCCCUAGGAUGCUGAAGUGUGUGUGUGUGUGUGUGUGUGUGUGAGAGAGAGAGAGAGAGAGAGAGAGAGAGAGAAUUAAGAAAUCUCAUGGCUGGGGUCAAUUGCAGAGGUCUUUCCCAUUUCAAAUUUAAAAGCAUGGUUGAGUGGCUUUUUAGACCUUCACCCCUACUGUUUGGUUUUAGUCUCAUGAUGUUGUUUUAGCUUGCUUUGUUUUUUUAAAUGUACACCACCCAGAAAACCUAUUGUUAAUGGCCAAUACAAUAAAAGAAGAGAAAAUGUGAGUAGAUGCAUAAAUACAAUGCUCAGGAGACAGGGUCUCUGCAAGAUGGGAAAGAGCUUUAAAACAGGCCCUCUACAUGUGACUGCUUAAUGCAAACAUGUUCCUCAGCGGAAUGAGAUUGCACCAUGAAGUGGUUCUCCAUCUGCCAAGGUAUGUAGGGUUGCCAGAUCUCUUGGGCCCCUCCAUGUGGCAAGUGGAGGAGGACUUGAACCUCCUGGUUUGUGAGAGUGCCUUUCAUAACAAAAAAAUUACUAAGAAGAUUGUAUUCUUAUUUAUAAAAUUUGUAUACUGCCCAAAGAGCACAGGUUGGUUCACAACAUAAAAAUAUAAAAAGAGAACACAAAAUACAUAAUAAAACAAAAAUGCAUUUUGGAACCUUCAGCUCAGCAGGAGCUGGCCACAAAUUAUAGCAUAGAUAAUCGAGGGUGGGCCUGCUCUCCUCCUUUCCCAAUUAACCUUCAUUACCAGGGCCCGUCCAAUGAUAUCGCUGGAGGCGAUCCCUAGGUGUCAGGUUUUGGCCCUGAAAGUUCAGGGUCUGGGAUGCUCCUGAUCUGGCAAGUGUGUGUGUGUGUAGUAUGUUGUGAGUCACAGAAGGUUCAUAGCAAAGGUCUCUCACAGAUCCUGCUGUGCUCCCCUCCGCAACUUUUCCUCCCCCUACCAAUAGUUCAACUGUUAUUUGUUUUAGUUUCUUAAAAAAAUAAUAAUCCAGAACGAUGAACUUGUUUCUCUUGUGUAUUUCUUCAAAAAGAUAGGUUGUGGGUGUUUUUACACAGUGUGUUCAUGAUGUUUUCCCAUUUUCCUUUGCUUGUGUGUGUUUCCUUCAAAGGCAGAGAAUUUUCAUGUUGGUUUUGUGUCCCCAAACUGCAGGAUAGACCCUGGUGAAGGAAGAGGGGGUGGUGGAAGCACACUGUCCCCGGCACUACGAUCCUGGUGGGGUGCCGUCGUGGUUGCCCCCACCUUGUGCUGGGUGCCACACCCCCGCAGGUGGAGCACCAUGCCCCCAGGACACGCCCCAUGCCCCAGCGGGUGGCGCGCCAUGCCCCCAGAACUUGCGCCAUACCCCUGGGAUGCGCGCUAGCCACGCCCCCGCCUGCUCUCCCUCCCCGGUGCCAGAGCAUGAAGCUCCGCCACUGAGGAUAGAGCCCCUCUAGAUGGGAGCAAGGUCUUCGUAUGGAUGUGGACAUGAGGCCUGGGACACCAGGAGUAAUCCAUCAUUGUUCUUUGAUGAAAUCCUGUCACGUUCUGAGUGAGUCCUAGUGACCCAAAAGGGAAGGGACUGCCUUCUCACAUUCUUUAGCACCUGCUUUCCAUCAUUCAGAGUCCCUUGCACAGCAAGUGCAACUCUGUGUAGGAAAUCACUCACCAAACAAAUGGUUGCAAUGGGUUAAAGCAGGAGUGGGGAGACCUUCAGAUGAUGUUGAACCACAACUUCCGUCCUCCUUGACCAUUGGCUAUGCUGGUUGGCAGCUAAUAGAGUCUAUCUUGUAGAGGACCACAAGAUACCCAACGCUGGAAUCAGUAGAAUGAGGGCUCAGGUUCGGAGAUGUGCAGUGCAAUCUUAUGCAUAUUCAGAGAGAAAUUGAGUUCAGUAUGUACAGGAUGGCAGCCUUGGGUACCAAACUGUAGAUAGUUAAACCCAGUAGAUAUGUGUUCUCCCUGUUAUCUCUCUUUCAUUUGUUUAUUGCCGUCAUUAACAUGCUGAAAUAUGUCUCCCUUGGGUGAUGGUCUCCCGUAGGACAGCUACAUUGCAAGGAAAGUGGUGGACAUAAUCCAGGCAAACAAAGCUUUACAGAGCAGAGGGCUCCUCUCCCAUCAGCUGCAGCAGUUUCUGGAGGUGGCAGGUGGACUCUCCAGGCUUGGCACCAGCACAUGGCAUUGUUAGGUAACUGCUUGGGCCACAGCAGGUGGAAGAGCCCACCAUAGAUGGCUGUGCUGGGCACCAGAUGAAUUGAGUCUGGGAACCACCAUUGUAAUUUCCCACAAUGACCCUGAGAGAUCAUCAAUUCAAGGCUUUGUGAGUUAUUAAAGUAGUGAAGGCUGGGGUGCCACCAUUUUAAUUUCCCACAAUGCCUCAAACUGGCACUGUGUUGGGAGCCUUGUGGGAAAUUACACUGGCAACACAUCAGCUAGCACUAGUUAAGAGUAUUGUUAGCUGCCACUACUUCCAAGCAUGUUUACUAAGCAGCUCAUUGGCAUAGGCAUUGUACAUUUUGCCAAGGUUCUCAUCAAAAUGGCAGCCAUCCCUGCCUAUCCCUUUCUGGCCGCCAUCUUGCUUAACUGACUGCAUUCUGCUUCUUACGUUUGCCUACAGCAUCAUGGAACAUGGGGUAGAGGGCAGAGAUAACAUUAGGAAGUGACAUCAUUACUUCUAAAGUUCUAUGACCCUUUGCAUCUUGGGAACUGUUGCCCAUUCCUGUGCUGUUUUCCCCCCUUUAACUGCCUCUAUCAGACAGCCCCAUUUUGCCACAAAACAUAUUUAUAUCUCUGCCCCCACCCCUUCAGCAAAACAAAACAAAAUGGGAAGUUAUUUCCAUUAGUACACACUCUCAUAUUUAAAUCCCUUUGCAUUUCAGCAUAUUACUAAAAUGUGUUCAAAUGUGUUAGCAUUUCUCUAGAGCCAGCCCUACCAUUAGGUAGAGGAGGCAACUGCUUCAGACAGCAAAUGUUAAGAGGCAGAGAGUGCCAGCAAAGCCUUGGAAGUCAGAUCUGUGUGGCCUGGCUGCUCAGCCUGCCCUUCACCCCCUAAGCUACCUGCUGGCUGCCCUCAGAUUCUGGUGGAGGCAGCCAGUGUGAUCAGCUUCCAUCUGUGGACAUCUGGGAGGAAAAUGCAUCUUGUUUUUCACCUCAUCUCAGACUGCAAACUGUCUGAGCCUUGCAUUUCUGCGUAAUAUUUUCGAAGGAUUUAACCAAAUGUUAUCUACUGCAACUGGCAUGUAAGGUGAUGCACAGACCAAGAGCUUUUGAAGCUAAUUGAGCCCUCUGAAGGUUAACUAUAGAAAGCUGCACUAUUUUCAGGUACAAAAGGGAAUGUCCUUAAUAUUACUCUUGUUACAGAGAGUGUUAUUUUCUUACAUGCAUGAACAAGACAAAAUGUGUACAUAUAAUUUAACAUCUAUGUGGGGGUUUGACUUCUUUUUCUUUUUUUUACCUAUUUGUAUGCAGUAGAAGGCUUGUUGUAGGAAAAGCAUAUCUGAAUAUACUGAUAAUAAAAAAAGAAACUAAGUUAUACAUUGCCAACACAAAUGUUAACUGCUUAUGAAUUGUUCCUUUACACAACACACACACACAAAGCCAUUCAAGCCUGAUUAUUUUUCUAAGUAACUUCAAUUAAAUUGAAGAAAAUAA